AUGGCACCUGCAAUGUCCAAGGACUUCGAACCUUUUACUGUUACGUUUCACCAUGGGGGAGAAUUUAUUAGGGUUAAUCCAGAUGAAAUUAUUUACAGAGGAGGGGUUGAGACUACUGUAACUGGGCUUGUAGUUACUAAUUGGACAAUGGAUAGUAUUUGGAAGUUGGUGAGUGGGUGGGGGUAUAAGAAAGGGAUAUUCAGGAGUUCACCCAAGUUGAAGAUGGACAUUCCCACUGAUACUGUCAAAGAGCGUACAAGGCACACCAGAGCUUAUAAGAUUCCGGAUAUUGAUGUUUCGGGGUUGAUUGGUUUGAGUUCUCGGUUGGAAGGGGAGGUUCUUCGUGACUUCAAUCAUGAUUAUGGAAAUUUGCUCUCCAUCCUCAAGACAUCUUUCGAUCCAAUGGCUUUGAUCACCCUGUUUCAGUUCUAUGAUCCACAGUUGAGGUGUUUUACGUUUCAGGACUAUCAACUGGUGCCAACACUCGAGGAGUUUUCUUACAUACUCAACAUCCGAAUCACUGAUGAUGUACCUUUCAUUCGAGUUCCCGAGGUUGUGAGAUUUGAAAAAAUAGCUGAAGCUCUUCACAUGGGUAUAAAGGAGGUGGAAAGAAAUUGGAAGUCAUCGGGCGGUGUUUCUGGUUUCUAUCUUUGCUUUUUGAUCAGUAGGGCUGAGGAUGCGGCGAAGAAGGAGCAGUGGGUUGAUUUUAGUCGUUUGCUUGCUAUCAUGAUUUAUGGUAUUGUUUUAUUCCCUUCAAGAGAAAACUUUUGGUUCAUGUUGCAUUUGCCGGUGAGAGGACCUUUUGUGCUCAAGAAGAGUUCUCUUAAGUGGUCAGAUAGGAUUGUUAACCUCACAUCUUAUGACAUCAGGUGGAACUAUUGUGUAGGGAAGAUUUGGAACAUCAUCACUAGUUGCGGUCAAUAUCCCAACGUUCCUCUCAUGGGAACCAGAGGUUGCAUUAGUUACAAUCCCACACUUGCCUAUCGUCAAUUGGGAUAUGCAAUGGAAAGGGCUCAGAAUGAUGUAGAAGCGUUUGAAUCAGUGUACUUUGCUGAUGGUAAAGAUCCUAUGGAGCUAGAGAAGAUAGCGUAUGCUUGGACCAAAGUUCACAAAAGAGAUCAGAAUACUUUGAGCAAGAAAGUUCCUAUUGCUAUGGGUCCUUACCGAAAGUGGGUAGAAGCAAGAGUGGCAAAUCUGUUGUUGCCAUUUGCGAGGUCAUGUCCAUUGUAUGAGCAACCUCCCGUGGUUUUAUCUGAUACCGUUGCGGCUGAACUCUAUAUUCAAAUUGAAGCAGACAACAUCAAACUAAGAGCAAAGGACAAUGAGGUUGGCUUGGAGAGGUAUUUUCAAGAUCGCGAAAAGGCGGAAUUGGCUCGUAAGCUCAAGCAUGCGCAAGGUGAAGGUUCAAGCAUGACACGUGCCCAAAGGCGAUCUCAUGACUUGAUGGAAGAAAGCUUGUACCGAAAACAGCAGGAAUGUGCGAAGUUGCGAAGGUCCGAAAGCAAUAGCAAGAGAAGGAUGCAGGAUUCAGAACAACAGUUGAUGGAAGAGAAAGCCAAGUCAGCUCGACUUGAAGAAGAGCUUGCAACCCUCCGAUCCCAGCGGAGAGGAGAUGGAGGAGCUCAUUCUGUUACCAGGCGAUCCUAG